AUGGGCUCCGGUUGCUGUGCGGCCGUACCUGCUGAGACUUCUCCCGCUGGUCCACCCGAGGAGGACGUUUGCAGCGACAACUGCUGCACUGGCUCUGCCAACGCGACUCUCGACCCCGUUGUCGACAGCGGCAACGACAAGGACCAGGAUGAUGCGCCCGACUGCUGCGCCGGCAAAACCGGACCGUGCUGUGAUACCUCUUGCCUCGAUCGUCUCGCUAUGCGUGCGUGCGAGGGCGGCCCCGAUGCCUGCAACGGCGCAGUCGACGGCAAAGCCUGCGCCGAGCACAGCGUCUCGGUGUUUGACCGCUACAACAUCACCCUGGCCACGCUCGGGUGCAUCUGCCGCGCGCUGAUUGCCCUCGGCGAGGAGACGUGCUGCGAGGUUCGCGACCGCCACUCCGGCUCCGGCGGCGGCAUCACCAAGGAGCAUGCGGCGCAGAACCGACUCCGUCUCCGCGGAAAAGGCUCGGCCGCCGACGGCGCUCUCCGGCCGACGGCGACGCCGCCUCCCAAGCCUGCUGCUUGCGCCGCGUCUUGCUGCUCGCCCGCGGUGAUGCCGACGGCCAUGGUGACGACCCGCAAGGGAAAAGAAAAGGCUGCCAAGACAGGUGGUGGCUGCCCGGCGGGAGGCGGACCCUGCUGUGGACAGGACAAGACAGUUAACAAGCCCUCGUCUUGCUGCAGCGCCCCGGUGGCUGUGAAGGAGGGAUGUGGUGAUGGCUGCUGCGGAAAGCAGCCCGAAAGUGGCAAGGUCGCCGCGGAUUCGUGCGGCGAACAAAUGGCCAAGGAAACUGUCACCUGUGGAAACGCUCGUGAGAAGUCCGCGGUCAAGAUGCAGGGCUGUGCUGACGCUUGCUCCCCGCCAAAGUCCUCGGCGGAAGCCUGUGGUAACUCCUGCUGUGAGGCACCUGCUGUGGUCAAAGGAUGUGCUGAUUCUUGCUGCGAUGAGUCCAUUCUUGCAGCCAAGAGCCCUGCUGAUGCCUGCGGAAAUAAGCUGGCCAACAAGACUGCCAAGACUCCCAUCGCCGCUUGUGGUGACAAGCCUUGCUGUACUGCUUCUCCUUCCAAGAAGAGCUAUGCGGAUGAUUGCUCCCAAAAGCCUCCCGUUGUAGAAGAAAGCUGUGGUGAUGCCUGCUGCAGCUCUUUCCCUACGGACCAGUCUCGCGCGGAUGCUUUCUGUCAAGACUCCCCUGCCGAGGCCGAAAGCUGCGCAGACUCUUGCUGCGAGAACCCCGUCCAGGCAGGGGACAGCUGUGCCGACUCUUGCUGCGAUGUACCUCUGGUGGUGGAUGCCCCCGACGAUGACAUGGCUAUUGAAGCCAUUGCCGACAUUGAAGAUCAAGGCCUUGGCAAAGAGCAUGUCAUUCUGAGCAUCUCUGGUAUGACCUGUACCGGCUGCGAGACAAAGCUAAGCCGAACUCUUGCCAGCGUCGCGGCCGUCAAAGAUCUCAAAACGAGCCUGGUUCUCUCCCGAGCGGAAUUUAACAUUGAUCUCCGCCAUGGCUCCGUGGCCGAAGUAAUUAAGCAUCUGGAGCGAACGACCGAGUUUAAAUGCGAGCGCAUUCAGAAUAACGGGUUUAGCCUCGACUUGAUAAUCCCCGGAGAGCCAGCCAAGUUUAUCGACCAAGCUUGGCCCGAUGGCGUCGUGGAGAUGGUCGCCGUUGACAAGCAGACUGUCCGCGUCACUUUUGAUCCCAAGACCGUCGGCGCUCGCGACCUUGCAGAAAAGUCUUGGGGCGAGCCAUUCGAACUGGCGCCCCCCCGUGGAGAUUUUUCGCUGGAAGCAGGUGGCAAGCAUGUUCGGCACAUUGGGUGGAUGACGCUUCUCUCUGCCAUUCUGACAAUUCCAGUCCUGGUCCUUGCCUGGGCGCCGCUACCCAAGAGAGAAGUUGCCUACGCCUCUGCCUCGCUCGCUCUCGCUACAAUUGUCCAAGUCGUCAUUGGCGGUCCUUUUUACCCCAAAGCCCUCAAAGCGCUCAUUUUUUCCCGCGUCAUUGAAAUGGAUUUACUCAUCGUGUUGAGCACGAGCGCCGCCUAUGUCUUCUCCGUCGUGUCCUUUGGGUACCUUGUCGCCGGCAAGCCGUUGUCGACGGGCCAGUUCUUCGAAACCAGCACGCUGCUUGUUACGCUGAUCAUGGUCGGGCGCUGGGUCGCGGCCCUGGCGCGUCAGAGGGCCGUCGAGUCCAUUUCCCUCGAGGCCUUGCAGGUAGCCACGGCUAUUCUCGUGGAAGAUGGCGCCGAGCGCGAGAUUGACGUUCGCCUGUUUCAAUAUGGUGACGUUUUUAAAGUGCUCCCCGAUACCAGAAUUCCGACCGAUGGCACCGUCAUGGCCGGCUCCUCGGAGACGGACGAGUCUAUGCUCACGGGCGAAUCCAAACCUGUUGAGAAACACCCCAAAUCCGCGGUGAUUGCAGGCUCCAUCAACGGCCCUGGUGUUUUGACUGUUCGUUUGAAUCGCCUACCCUCCGAAAAUACCAUCAAUACAAUUGCAGCCAUGGUGAAUGAAGCAAAGCUGUCCAAGCCAAAGCUGCAGAAUCUCGCCGACCAGGUCGCCUGCUACUUUGUUCCUGUCGUGGUGGCCUUGACGAUUGCUACUUUUGUCAUUUGGAUGGCUGUGGGUAUGGCCGUCCGCCAUCAAAACGGCUCGGAAGCGGCUAUUCAAGCCAUUACCUAUGCCAUUACUGUCCUCAUCGUCUCGUGCCCAUGCGCCAUCGGCUUGGCCGUGCCCAUGGUCGUCGUGAUUGCCAGCGGCGUCGCUGCGAACAAGGGUAUCAUCUUCAAGUCGGCCGAUGCCAUCGAAGUCGCGUACAAGACGGCGCACGUGGUGUUUGACAAGACGGGCACCUUGACGCGCGGAAAGCUGUCGGUGACCAAGGAACAGUGCUUGCAUGGAGACAAACUGCCCCUUCUCCUGGGCCUCGUGCAAAACAGUAGACACCCCGUUUCGACGGCUGUCGCCGCCCAUCUCAAAAACAACGGCGUCACAGCCUGUGCUGUUCCUGAGCCUAAAAGUCUUACCGGUAAAGGCAUCGAAACUAUCUCUCACGGUCAAACACUCCAGGCUGGUAACUCGCGCUGGCUGAAUCUGUCCGACCACGCCCUCGUGCAACCUAUGCUCGCCAAUGGCUACACUGUCUUUUGUUUUUCCAUCGAUGGCGGUUUCGUGGCAGCCUAUGGUCUCGAGGAUGAACUACGGCCCGAUGCUGCAGCCACGAUUCAAGCCUUGCAGAAGCGCAACAUCUCCGUGCACCUCGUCUCGGGCGACGACGACGGCGCUGUCCAGUCGUGUGCGUCUCAACUCGGCAUCCCCACCAGCAAUGUCGCUUCGCGAAGCUCCCCCGCCGAAAAGGGCGAUUAUGUCAAAAAGCUGGACUCCGUUAUUUUCUGCGGCGACGGCACAAACGACGCCGUCGCUCUCGCGCAAGCUACGAUUGGCGUGCACAUCAACCAAGGUGCCGACGUUGCGCAGUCGGCCGCCGACGUCGUUUUGAUGCGGCCGCAUCUCGAGGGCAUCCUCGCCAUUCUGAAUGUCAGUCGAAUGUCAGUCCGUCGCAUCUGGUUCAACUUUGCAUGGAGCUUCGUGUACAACAUGUUUGCGGUUCUCCUCGCCGCCGGCGCGUUUGUGCAUGCCAGGAUCCCGCCCGAGUUUGCUGGGCUGGGUGAGCUUGUCAGCGUCUUGCCCGUCAUUGCUGCGGCCGUGCUUCUGCGGUGGGCGAGCAUUUAG